AUGGCCGAGGGGCCGGAGCAGCCGCGAGGCCGCCCCCCGGGGCAGGGCGACGGCGGAGGGGACCUCGAGCCCGUCCCUUCCCUGCGAGGCCCUCCUGCCGCCGCCGCCGCCGCCGCCCCCGCCCCGCGCCCCCGGGACGGGCCGCAAGCCGAGCCCCAGGCCCCGGGCCGGCCUCCCGCCGCGGGCCUCCCGCCCCCUGCGGCGGCCGCCGGGGAGACGGAGCCGCCGCCGCGCGGGCCCGGGAGGCGCGAGGAGGAGGCGGCGGCGCCCGAGCCCGGCGGUGCGGGGCUGCGGGAGCCCGCGGGCUGCGGGGCGCCCGAGGCCGCGGCGCCGCGGGAGAAGCCGGCGCGGCUGAGCGCCCGCGAGUACUCCCGGCAGGUGCACGAGUGGCUGUGGCAGUCCUACUGCGGCUACCUCACCUGGCACAGCUGCCUGGCCGCCCUGCCCGCCUACUGCAGCCCGCCGCUGCCCGCGCCUGGCCAGCCCGCGGGGGGCGCGGCCGCUCCGGCCGGGGCGCCGCCGCCGGGCUACUACAGCCCCUUCUACUUCCUGGGCGCCGCGGGCGCGGGGCCCGGCCCGGGGGCGGCUCCCGGCGGCGGCGCCCCGGCCCCCGGCCCGGGAGCCCGGGCUCCUCACGGCCAGGGGGCCGCCGUGCGGGCCGCCCCCGCAACGAGGGUGGGCUCCGCCGCCCCUUCUCGGACCUCCAGUGAGACCGGGCGCCAGGCAGCAGGCAGAGAGUAUGUUAUUCCAUCCUUGGCCCACAGAUUUAUGGCAGAGAUGGUGGAUUUCUUCAUUCUCUUCUUUAUAAAAGCAACUAUUGUCUUAAGCAUUAUGCACCUCAGUGGAAUAAAGGAUAUCUCUAAGUUUGCUAUGCAUUAUAUAAUAGAAGAAAUAGAUGAAGACACAUCAAUGGAAGACUUGCAGAAAAUGAUGAUUGUGGCUCUUAUAUACAGAUUACUGGUUUGUUUCUACGAGAUAAUUUGCAUUUGGGGAGCAGGCGGAGCUACCCCAGGGAAGUUCCUGCUGGGGCUUCGAGUUGUGACAUGUGACACGUCAGUGCUUAUUGCACCAAGUCGGGUUUUAGUGAUUCCUUCCUCAAAUGUUAGCAUUACAACGUCCACUAUACGAGCAUUGAUCAAGAAUUUUUCUAUUGCUUCUUUUUUCCCUGCUUUCAUCACACUGCUGUUUUUUCAGCAUAAUCGAACAGCCUAUGACAUUGUAGCAGGAACCAUUGUGGUAAAAAGAAAUGGGGUCAGAUGA